CAAUGACAGCAGUCCAGCGCAAUUGGAAGAGGAAUCGGCCCUAGGAACUUCAGAUUCCAGCUAUUCAUCCAAGAUGGUCUUCAUUCUGGGUGUGAAUUUCCCCGAGCGGAAUCUCGUCAAGAAAUCUCUCGAGGCGUUCUUCGGCAUUGGUCCCCUGGUUUCUGCACGCCUUCUUGCCCGCUUCCACAUCCACCCCACAUGCAAGGUUGGCGAGCUUGCGAACAAGCAGGUUCUGGACCUCACAGCUGCUUUAUCCGACAUGAAGAUUGAGAACGAUCUCCGGAGACAGAUUCUUGAUGAUAUUAAGCGGUUAAAGGAGUCGGGUUCGUACCGGGGUAGACGCCAUGCGCUGGGAUUACCGGUUCGGGGACAGAGAACGAGGACACAGAUUUCGACCGCUGUCAAGCUCAACCGUAUGGAAAGAAGACUGUGACUUUGAAUAUGAUGGCUGCUAUACUUCAAGGCAUGGUAAUGGCGUUAUGCUCGUUGGCUCUUAUGUACUUUUGAAAUUUCUAUAUCCAUGUAUCAUAUUAUAGGCAGGAGAAUGCGAAGCUAAAAGCAGAUCAGAUCUCCUCUUCACUAUGUGCUCUUUGAUCUCUA